UGCUGUAGCUAUGGUGAUAUAAAUUUAUUGUGGUCGCCAUUUUAAAUCGCAAAAUGGCGCAUACAGUCAUCUCAUCAAAUUUGCCACCCAACAUCGAUUUAACAAAAGCUCCUCUUGCUUAUGGCGAUAGAGCACUUCCUAAGCUGAAUAAAGAAUUAAAUGAUGACACUCUGAUUGUGCGGCAAAGAGCACUGGUUGCUCUGUGUGAUGUGCUGCAUAAUCCAGAGCACAUCAGUGAAUCAAUUCGAGUCGGAAUCAUAACCAGCUUAAAGAAAUUACUAAAAGAUGCUGACCCAACAGUUAGAAUCAAAACAACAGAAGCUUUGCACGUCAUGGCAGGCCAUGCAAUUGGAAGAGAUGCUAUUCUUGAGCACAAAGUUGUAUUACCAUUAUCAAAGUUGUUUGAUGAUGAAGUGUACAAAGCAAGAAGACAGUCUCAUAUGGCAAUAUUGAUGGUCACCCAAUCACCUCCAGGCCCUGAAGGUGUUGUUGGUGUAAAUUUAGUCCCAAUUUUGGUUGGAAAGCUGCUAACAGAAGAAGAUGAAAUAAAGGAAGUCAUUCUGGAUACACUGCACUUCUGUAUGAAAGUGAAUACAGACCAAGCUCUUAGCAGCAACGCAAUGGAAGCAUUUACAAAGCUGCUCAGCCAUACAAAUGCAAACUUAAGAUCAAAAGCUGCCAGAGAUAUAAUGGACCUGAGUUUUCCUCUAGACGGAAAAGAUGCAGCCUGUGAUGCUGGAGCUGUUCCCAUUUUAAGUCAACUUCUAACAGAGCAAUCAACUUUAGUGAAAGCAAGUGCAGCUGGGGCAUUAAUGGCAAUAAGCAUAACAACAAGAGGGAAAUAUGCAGCAAUUGAAGCAGGCACCAUAUCUCGUCUUGUGGCACUGCUUCAUGAUGAGUCAAGUGAAGUUAGACUCAAUGCAUUAAAGACAAUAACAGAAUUGUCAGAGGCACCCCCUGGAAGAACAGAGCUUCUUAAAUCUCUGAAAGAGGUUGAAAAACUUGUCAAUGACAACCAGAGUGCAGCUGUGAGAAAGGCAGCACGGAUUGCUGUACAAACAAUAACAUGGAAACCUUGACUCUCAACUGGAAAAUUGAUACAUAUCUCACUAUUUCACAAAUGUCACUGUAAAUAAUCAGCUCAUAACAAUAUCUGUCAUAAAUACCUUUAUAGUUUUUCUUCGGCAAGUGAACAGUAGUGUAUUUUAAUGUUUAAUAUGGUAUAGCAUGUAAAUACAUUAACAUGAAAGUGCUCAAGAGAUAAGGAUGCAAUAUUUUAUGUAAGGGGUGAUUUUUGCUGAUACGUUUUUCAGCCAGCUAACCAAGGAUGAUCAGGCUGAGAAACCUUGAAAUUCUAGUAAUGAAUAAGAAUUUAAACUUUAUUUUAAUGAAGAACAAUCAUAUCCGGUAAUUGAAAAAAUCAAAUAGAAACAACUUUCAAUGUAAUUUUUCAAAUGAAAAUUAAGGGCCCUUGAAAAUAUAUCUUUUGAACCUGACAUUUAAAAAAAUUAACUUAGAUAUAAAACAAAUUGCUAGCAACAACACAAAACUUAAAAUUUUAUAAUUUACUGACAGUACCUUUACUUUAUUGCAACUGGAGUAGAAGUUUCACACUUGAUGUUUUUCCAAUCCUUCAAAUGUUUAGGUAUUUUUAUAAUCCUUCCAUGGCAUGCUAAACACUGUAUUGUAAUCAAAGAUCAGAUAAUAGCUUCUACCUUUGCCUCCUGGAUCCAUUGCAUUCCUUGAUUUUUGUACAAAGCAUGUUGUUUUAUGUUCCUCAGUAUAGCCUA